UAGCGAAUGCCAAUACAACUUGAUAGUGGUCACGCACCGAUUAAAAGAUAUGCCGUUGUCGACGGAAAUAACAAUGAGUACAGUACAUACAGUAUGUCACAGAGAAGAAUGGUGUCAACCGCUUCGGGUCAUUAGGUUACUUUAGCACAGAGACGUGGCAUGGUAACUGCAAAGAAACUCUCGUGACCGAGUGUAAAAGGGAACAUGCUGAUGGGAUUAGGCUAUUAAAAGCAUCGUUUCAAAAAAUAUCAGUGUGUUGGUUCCGUUAUCCGCUAGGUACUUAAGGAAAGUAUUGUUUUCGAGUGUAGUUUUAAGUUCAUUUUGUUAUUCCAUUGUUACCAUUCCAAAUUAUCCUCUCUUAACAAAGCGAGAAGAAUACAUGCGUGUAUAAAUGGCACAAUAUCUAGUCCACAGUAAUAAAUACUAAUUUUUGAAACAUUUCUGUAAAGUCACCAGCAUGCAACACGGUUCAGAUUUGUACCUUUUGACACUUUUUCCAGGGAGUUGGUCUGACAUUAUACACGUGGGUGUAAUUUUACGCCUAUCACUGCAAACAUUCGCACAAAUAGUAAUACAAAUAUUGUGUGAAACGAGACUGGAAAAGCUAACAGUAAUAUAAACAAACACUUCAGUAGUUAAACAAAGAACUUGACACUGUUGUGAUGUGUUUGACGUGCAGUGGUGUAAUCGUAUAUAUUUUUGGAAGGCAAAACGUGUUGUACAAUUUGCUCGAUUAAAGAACACGUUAGCGGACCGUUGUUUAACUUAACAGAACGUUUCCAGACACUCUUGACUCCGAGAGCCAAGCUUGUGGCAACCUGCUAUCAGUCUAUUAAGUUUAUUGUAAAAUUAAAAUGCGUUUUAGGACCUGCUUGGUAGUAAAAAGGCAGUACAAACAGAAAGUCGCUUGCAUCGGCAAAGAGAACAUGUGAAGGGAUUAUAAGCUUAAGGCGCGGUUCGAAGGGUAUACAAAUGCUCUCAGUCCAGCCAGACACCAAGCCGAAAGGUUGUGCUGGCUGCAACCGCAAGAUCAAAGACCGUUAUCUCCUUAAGGCCCUUGACAAGUACUGGCAUGAGGACUGUUUAAAGUGUGCCUGCUGUGAUUGCCGUCUGGGCGAAGUGGGCUCGACUCUCUAUACCAAAGCUAACCUUAUCCUUUGUCGUCGGGAUUACCUAAGGUUAUUUGGUGUCACAGGAAAUUGUGCAGCCUGCAGUAAGCUCAUUCCUGCCUUUGAGAUGGUGAUGCGAGCCAAGGACAAUGUUUACCACCUGGACUGUUUUGCCUGCCAGCUUUGUAACCAGAGGUUUUGCGUGGGGGACAAAUUUUUCCUGAAGAACAACAUGAUCCUGUGUCAGACAGACUAUGAAGAGGGUUUAAUGAAAGAAGGCUAUGCACCUCAAGUUCGCUGAAUCUGACUCAGGAAAAAGCAAAGAAAGGGACUGCAUUUGAAAAUGAAAGCACUAACUAUUUUUAGCAUUUACCCCACAUGUACAUAAAAAAGACAGAGAUGUGCUGUAUAGAUUAGCUAUAGUGAAUGAUAUAAGGUGGAAUUAUAUGGGAAUGUAACUGGCAAAAUCGUUUUGCUUUUCAGAGAUGGUUCUGCCCUUCAUCUAUCCCAUCCCUCUCAGCAGCACAGGCCUUAUUGUAUGAUGCACUGAAUGCUGUGGUGGACUCAGAUAGAGCCCUUGUUGUGUUGCUUGUAUGUAUGCAGGGUUACAAAACUACUGAAACGAGAAUCCUGCACUAGUUAAAGCUAGUGUCAGUAAUUCAUUUGAACCACAUGAAGAAGAUGGUGAAGCCUGCCCCAACAAUCUCAGGUGUAAUUAGGAUCUAAAGAGGUCUAAUUAUCCCAGUCCAUUUACUAUUGAUUGUUAUUGAAUAAGAUCAGUCUUUAACUCAGUUCAGUCUAAAUCCACAGUACCGUAAGAAAAGGGGCGAUCUUAGACGGGAGUGUGUUGAAGUGCGCUGUGUAUGUACAUACAAAACGUUUUUUUUGCUUGCUAUUGUGAAAAAUUUGUUUUUAUGUGUUAUUUGGCAUGAGAUGUUUAUUUUCAGACUACUCUUGUACAUAAUGUACUGUAAUAAUUGAAGCACAAAUGUAAUACAGUUUUAUUGUGUUACCAUUUGUGUUUUUGUGCUUCUUUGUACUGUUUAAAUUUAGUGAAACUAGUGUCCAAUUUGUUGUAUUAUUUCUGUUCUGGCAAAUUUUAAUGGAGAUGUAACUUUAUAGUAAAAAAAAGUUAAAUAGUA